UCUUCUCCACUCCCUACACUGCUCUGUGUGUGGGCAGCAGGGCUUCUGCUUGACCCCUGCGAGAUGAGCUCCCGUGGCUUAGCCCUGGCACCUCCAGCCAAGAGCGUGCUUGUGUAUCGCAACGGUGACCCCUUCUUCCCCGGGAGGAGGUUUGUGGUGAACCAGCGGCGGUUCCUGACCUUGGAAGCCUUCCUGAACGAGGUGACCAAGAGCAUCGAUGCACCCGUGGCCGUGAGGAACCUCUACACCCCCCGGCACGGCAGCUGCGUGGCGGGGCUGGGGGACCUGCAGGACGGGUGCCAGUACGUGGCUGCGGGCUUCGAGAGGUUCAAAAAGCUCAACUAUUUAAAUCAUGGAAGGAAGGAGCUCCAUGGAAUGAAGCACAACAAGGGUCUGCAGUUCCACACUGCAGCUCCCUGGAAGUCUCGACGGCAGAAGGACACCCGCCCGCCCUGCACCAUACAUGUUUUCCGGAAUGGGGAUUUGCUGAGCCCUCCUUUCCCUCUGCCAGUCUCUAACAGCGCCCUGCUGCACUGGGAUUCACUCUUGGCCACGGUGGCAGAGAAAGCCGCCCUGCACAGCGGAGCUGUCAGUAGGCUCUGCAGGCUGGAUGGAACCUGGGUGUCUGGUGGAGAGGAGCUGGUGGAUGGCGGAUACUACGUGGCAGUGGGAAAUGAGGAGUACCAGAAACUGCCUUACUUUGAGCUGCUGGUGCCCCGGGAUCCUGCCAGGAGGACACUGUGGUACGUAGACUGCAGCCGAGUGGCUUAAAGAAUCCUCUCUGUGGUCUUCAGCUAAGGCCAUCCCUUUUGUGUCUCUUCUGUCCAGUGCUUUCUGCUGCAGGGCUUGAGUUUUGCUUCAUGUGUUGGAAGUUUAGGAACAAAUAAUGUGUUUGUAAAGCUCUCAGUGUGGGGGCACUGAAAAGCAUCAGCCCAUGAGGCCAGGCACUGAAUCUGCUGCUUUGUUACAGGAACCACCCAAAUAACGGGCGCAAAAGGCACCACCGGAGGCACAAAAAGGCACAGGCUACAGGCACAUCACAAGAGGCUGUGGCAAGGAAAAGGGAUGCCAGUGACUCUGAGGAUGACAAGCACCAAAUGAUGCUGCCCCUGGCAGGAAAGAGCUUGGAGGAGUUGGCAGAAGAAGCGUGAUGGGAGAAGAGGUACAUUCAGGUACACCUCUACCUGCACAGCUGCAGUAACAGGAGCAUGUGAAUCCCAGAUUCCUGGAGUACCACGGCCUGGCCAGGCAUUCUGAUGGAUUCACAAACUCUCCCAAAAUCAAAUAUCCUCAUCAUCUGGGCUUGAGAAGCACAGUACCAGUGAGCAUCGCACCAGAUGCACAAUAUUGUUAAAUGAUGAAGAUCUUUCCCCUUUUCUGCUGCUUAUCUGAACCCUAAUUCAGCUGGUUUGGAUCUGAACUUGGGAAGGAGGAAUUACUAAAUAGAAUACAGGCCUUUUACACUUUUUCUCUGCCAGGAACUUUGUUCUGUGUCAGAUACUUCUUAUAAUGAGAUGUCAUUGCAUCACCAUCCCUCUGCUUUGGAAUGCUUGGAUGGUGUUUGCAGCAAUCAAACCCAUUCCCCAAAACUGUAUAUAUAUUUCUGUGAACUUGUUUUGGGAGCAGCUGCCUGAUUUCAGAGGAGUCAUGGUAAUAAAAUGCUCUUGGCUUGACUCUCCUUGUGCAAAGGGUUCUGUAUUUCCCUCCCUAGUGCUUUUGAUUACAGAAGCCACUUUCACAAGCUUGGCCACAAAACCAGGGAGUUCUUAAAUAGAUUCCUUCUAUAUACAAUUCAAUUGGUCCAUGUUCAACAGUUUAUUAAUCAUUUAUUACCCCUCCAGUGAUGAACAAGACGAUUCAAUCCUCCUUGCCUUGAAACACCCCCAGGUAAGAAACUCCUUGACUCAAGAUAUUAACCAGGGUGUCCUUGCAACAUGCCUGGUCCACCCCAGUUCUCAGGGAAUACACUCUGUGCUUUGACAGUUUUUGACACCUGUGUAUCAAAAUAGAGCUUCCUGGGUCUGCUGC